CACGCCCUCGACCUCGACCUCGACCUGGAUCCGCACAACUUCGGCCUCGAUCAUUCUCUCUAUCUUCAAACUCCACCUGCUUCCACGCAAACGCAAGUUGCCUACCGUCAGGCACUAAACCGUCCUUUUCGCCUGCAUGGCGUCUUGCCUCCGUACGCCAUCCUUACUGCAAGGCCUGACAUAGCGGAUUAGCUUCGUAACCCAUGCGCUUCUGGUUCGCUCAUUUCAGGGGCGAUACUCACGCAAGGCACAGGCUGUGUGAACAAGGCGGGAUUUUAGUGGUCUACGAUCUGGUGGUUGCUGCUGCGACAGAGUCAGGGCUGCUCUUUGCCAUCGACGCAAAAGCCCGGGUGGGCGGGUUUCCUUUGCCACUGUGUUCCACCUCGUUCAUUGCAAAGGGGCACAUCACGUUAAGUAGAUGCAUUUUGUAGAAACUACUGACGCAAAAUGGCAAAACAGACACUCGUUCUUCAAAACUGUCCCGCUUUCGUGUAUGCCGCGCACAAUCCAUCAGCAAUAUGGCGGUGUACGCUAAAGCUCGUGAAUUGUAAAGAGGAAUUUGGGUUGUUUCUCAAAUUUAGUCAGCAAAACCCUGAUGCAGAUGGCGAGCAAUUCGUCAUCUUCCAAUACGAAGGCGACAAUUUUGUGCCUGGCCACAAUUCGCUUACGGAGACCGAUAUUGUUGUUUCGGCUAAGGAGUUGAUUGAUAUACAAGCUCGGAACGGAACCUCACGACCCCGAACAAUGUCGCUAACGCUUAAAGAGGCAUGUACUGUAUGGUGCCCUAAAGAACCCAGUUAUGUUCAUAUUAGGUUUGAAGACCUCUUGGAACUGGCACGGGCGACAGACGUACGCAUCUUCUUUGACACUCGGCGGCUUGGAAACAAGUUCACAGAUUUUCAAAAAAUCUUCGAAGGUUCUCAGCAGUUCAAGACGAUGCCGGUCAAGGAUGAGUUCACCAAAUCGCAUCAAAAAGAAAAUUGGAUGAUGCUUAAUCUCAAGUUUGGUGUCGCACCUGCCGCAUAUGUUCCCAUUGAAGACACGGAGACUAGGGCAUUACCUUCUAUUGAGUAUGCGGGUGCUAGAGCAUCUGUUGUCAAAGAUGACCCGCCUUCAUACGAUGAGCAUGUGCCGAGGAAACGCCCACGAUGCGAUCGUAGCCUAUCACCCGGUUUUGUAUGGAAGUGCCCCCGGUAUUCUGCAUGCUCGCCUUCGCCAACAGAAGUCGCCACUCCCGCAUCGUUGCUUAGUUCCACAUCUACUGUUCAGACGGACCAUUUCCAAAACGCCAUCACUUCUGGUGUCAGGGAAGCGCUCCCAACUGUGUUGAAGGAGAGGAAAUUUCAGAAAAUGCUUGCUUAUUCGAUAGUGUUAUCAUCUUUGCAGCCCGAACCAGAUUCCAACCAGAUACCAACUACGCGCACACGCCAUCGUCGGACACCAACUAGCCAGUCUAAGUUUGAAGCAUUGAUUCAAAACAUCGUUGAUCAACAAACCUCUGAAUCUCUUAAGUCUGCUUUGUUUCAGUUGGAGGAGAUGGGCGAUGAUUUGAAAAUCGAGUUGAACGUAUUACAAGAGGAGAUUAUGGCCCGUCUAAACGACCUUAUCAAUCCAGUGCUAGACGAGUUUAAGGAUGACUUAAACAUUGGUUUCGAAGAGAUAAAAGCUCGUUAUCAGGUGUUACAUCUCAAAACAUUGGAUACCUUCGACAUAAUUGGCAACCAGAAGCUGUGCAGACGUAGAUGCCCUCGUGUGCCAGAACGAGGUAGGAGAGCGAAGUCUCUGUCUCUUUGAAAGAGGGGAGGACAGAAAUGAGAGCCGGGCAUGACUUGUACUUCUAGUAUUUUAGGUCAGCGACUUAUGUCACUUGUCAUUCUUGAGGUGUGUAUGUAGUAAUAUAUAUCACUUGUUUU